AUUAUUAGCCAUGUCCCAAAAAUGUAUAUAAACACCUCCAAUUCGCGAUCCCUUCAUAUCUUUUUCUCAAGCAUUUCUUACCAUUUUCGUUUCAGCAAGUUUUCUCCCAUCCGUACAACCAUGGCGAGGGUUUCUCUGUUGUUCUCUCUCGCUUUCGCCUUCGUCGUGGCCUCGGCCUUCGCCUACAAGGGCCCCUCCUCCUCGGUUCCCCUCAAGUCGGCGAAAUACUCUCCUCCUUGCACGGUGGGACAACUCAAGACCUUGCCCUUCAUCGAGAUCGCGAAACUGGUCGAUUUGAAGUCGAGAUCCAAGUUCAAAACCCCUGAACUGACGACUGCUUUCGCCGUCUUCAAGGACUACACCUCGUUCCUCGCCCGGUUCUCGAAGCGUGCGGAUUUCGGGAUUCCUUUCUAUGGGCCCGCUUCGCUCAUAUGGAAGGCGAAAUUCGCUUCCAUGAGCAAAGCUCUGUUGGCCGCUCAGAUGGGAUUCGAGUUCGGAGGGAAGGGAUCGCUCGAGUUGAAGAAGAACUACGACGGUAUGAUCCAUGGAUUCGCCGUGAUCCCGGCUAAGAUCGCCGAGAUUUCAGCCAGGCAUCAGUUCAGGGCCGGAGCUAAGCUCUCCGUUCAAGAACAGAAGGAAUUCGUCGUCCUCUUCGGAGCGUUCAAGAAAUCCAUGAACUGUUACAUCGACGCCCUCGAGAUCGCUGCCAAGAAGCACGUCUCCGCCGGCGGAGGGGUAGGAGGAAAAGUAGAGUUCUCGGCCUCGGGCUCGGGGAAGGUGGACGUGCACGGGAAGAAGAAGAAGAAGGCUCAUCACCAGAGGAGAUCACUCCUCUUGGCCGGAGAAGAUGGAUUCAGGUCAUUGAACCGUCCGUACAUUAAACAUUUGGUUGGCUUCAAGGCUUGAGAUAUUCAACAAGCAUUCAUGUAUACAUACAUACAUAUAUACAUAUGUAUUAUUUGUUUCUCAUGAAAUAAUGAUUUAACAAUCUGUAACCAUUUAAUGCAAUA